AGUAGCUUUGAAGACAAAUUGAAUGUGUCUGUUGUUGUUUUUCCGUGGUGAUAGAUCAGCAGAUCAGUGAUGAAUAAUGUGGUAGAAAGGUCGAUUAAAGGUGGACAAACAGGCACGUUUCAUCGCCUAAGCUUGAGAACCAUGUAGUAACUGUUUCGGAAAUGGCUGCUUUAUCAGAAACUCAUCGCAACAACUCAAGGAUUAAUUCCUCGAAUUUGAAUUCAAUGGCUUUACCAACGACGCCGUCUUUCCGUUCCCCGUGCGAUGACCCAAGACUUUUCGCGAGUUCUGCAGUUUCUGUGGUCGUUGCUUCAUGCUACGCAAUACUUAUACCGGUAACCCUGUUAGGUAACGGCUCAGUGAUUGCAGCCUUCGCUGCGAACGCCAGGCUACGAACUGCCACAAAUAUCUUGAUCCUCGGCCUCGCGGCCAGCGAUUUGCUAGUAGGAGCGUUUGCAGUUCCAUUCUGGACGUUCAUUGUUUCGCACGCAGAUAUAACGGCGGGUCACUGUUACUCAACGUAUUUGAUUUACAUAAGCUUUGACAUUUUCGCAGGAUGUGCGUCAAUCCUGCAGCUCACUGCUAUCGCUUUGGAACGUUUCCUCUCGACGCAAUGGCCGCUGUUUCAUCGCAAGUUGCCGCAAUAUGUCUAUUGCAUCAUGUUGCUGGUUUCAUGGCUCUGCGCUUUAACGAUGGCAGCUCUACAACCGUUGCAGGCGAAAACGGAGACAUGGCGGAAGAGCUACACUGUAGCUUUAUUCGUAUCCUGUUGUUGCUCUCCGUUGGUAAUCAUUGUGACUUCCUAUUGCUAUAUUUUCAAAAUCAGUCGGUUUCAGGGCAGAAGGCGCAAGACAAGUUCUUCCAAGCGCUGUGGGCUGACUCCCGGUGGAGCGAUCAAGGAACUUAACGUUGCUAUCACAGUGGCGGUAAUCACUGUCCUCUUUGUAACUGCUUGGUUUCCAUUCUUCGUCGUUACCGUUAUUGCUACGUUUUGCUUGAGGUGUUUACCGUCCCCGCCUGCUCUUCUGCAUCUGGUCAAGUUCCUCAAGUUCUUACAAUACAGCAGUAGUGCUAUAAAUCCCUAUAUAUAUGCUUACAGAAACACAGAAAUGCGGAAGACACUGGCGAAAAUUGCUAGAAAACUUUUCCCGUGCGAUCUGGGGAUCGGAACAAGAAAUGUCAUUGAUAGAGGAGACUCUAUUCAGCGCUAUCGACAGUCAAUAAUACAAGCCGAUAAAAAACCUGAAUGUUAUCAGACAAUUUCGAGGAACAAUCUCUCUUCAGCGGGAGAGGUUUUCGUGCAAGACACGAAAAGCAAACCCGCUAAAAAAUCACAAAAGAAAAACAAAAAGAAAACAAAAGUGAUUUAUUUGUAGAUACGGUUGUUUUCAUUCCUACACAAUGAUGUUUUAACUUUGUUUUAUUGAAAUGUGACACCAAACAGUGAUUUAUUUUUUGAUAGAUAUAAUAUAUACAAUUAUAGAUCCCGAAGUUUCAGUUCUCAUUUUUGUAGUACUACGUAAAUCGGAAACGUUUUGGCACAGCUUUCCCUAAAUCGUUUAGCACUUCGGUGGAGCCACAAGUUUAAACAGUGUUGUCCAAAAACUAGCGAUAAAUUUUUUCUUGAAAUGUCCUGAAAAAUGCUUCAUCAAACGAUGAAAUUCAGUCAAAUCUUAGACAGAGAGAAGAUUCUUGAUUUCGUUAUUCAAGCAUGUAUAAGAAUGUUUCUCCCCCUGGAGGUCCAGCUAAAAGUGAAAACCUAUAAUUAUUAGGAUCAAAAAUGGAUUAGCCGCGAGCGACCUUUUUUGUACCUAUUUUUUAACUCAG